AUGGAAGCUCAGAAAUUGCGAAAGGUCGAACAAAAGCCACGAGUCUUCGUGAUCUCGGACAUCUCUAACGAGCCUGAUGAUGCCGAGUCUCUGGUCAGGUUCCUGCUAUACAGCAAUGAAUUCGACGUCCGCGGGCUGGUAGCAUGCACCUCAACAUGGAUGCCUCGCGUCACCCACUGCGAUGAUAUGGAGAAAGUAGUUCGGGCAUAUGGACAAGUGGUGGACAACUUGAACGCACACGUUCACCCAGACAACACGUAUCAGCCGGCAAAGUAUUACCUCGACAUGAUUAAGUCCGGACCCCAAUGUUACGGCAAAGAGGCGCUUGCUGCAGAUGCAGCUCUCAGCGAAGGUACCUCUAUGCUCCUACAGCGUCUAGACGAGUCCGAAGAGCCGCUUUGGGUUCUCUUCUGGGGCGGAACAAAUACUCUUGCGCAAGCCCUACAGUACGCUAAGCAGACACGCUCGGACGCUGAAAACACACGGCUACGAGCCAAACUGCGCGUGUAUACCAUCUCCGACCAAGACGACACCUCAAUGUGGAUCCGCACCAAAUUCCCAGACAUCUUCUACAUCAGCUCCAUCCACGGCUGGAAUCGCUAUGGUUUGGCCACCUGGACGGGCAUCGCCGGCGAGACACACUACGGCUUUGACGCUGGUGGGCCGGAUUCCACCAAAAUCUCCAAGGACUGGAUCAAGCGGCACAUCCAGAUCGGGCCAUUGGGAGCCGCAUACCCUGACUUCAUGUUCAUUCCAGAGGGCGACACACCCACCUUCCUGUACCUCAUCCAGAACGGUCUCGGCUCUCCCGAGCACCCUGACUGGGGCAGCUGGGGCGGUCGAUACAUGAAAACGGACAUCGGUGGCGCGAGCAACCACUACUCUGACGUGCCUGACCACGUCGUCGGGCAGGACGGUCGGAAACAUGCCAGCAACCAGGCCACCAUCUGGCGGUGGCGUGACGCGUAUCAGAACGACUUCGCGGCGCGCAUGCAAUGGUCCCUCCAUAAAGAUUUCGCGAAAUGUAACCACGCCCCCAUCGUUGUAGUAAAUGACAGCACUCUCGGUCCUGAACCGCUGCAUAUCGAGGCCGAGGUCGAAUCGGAGGUGGUAUUGGACGCCUCGAAGUCUUACGACCCCGACGCCGGCGACGAGCUCACUUUCAACUGGAUGCACUACAAGGACUGUUCAGCGACACAGUGGUCGGUGGACCAAGAGGUGCCGGACAUACUCGUGACGGAUAUCAGCCGAGUGGCAGACGGGCAGCGAGCCCGCAGCGUCGUGAGAGUCAAGAUGCCGGGCCCGGAGAAGUGUGCGGUGGAGCGCUUCAGUGGGAAGGCGCAGGAGAAGGGCAUGAUCAUGCAUCUCGUGCUGUCUGUAACUGACAACGGCAAGCCGGCGCUGACGACUUACAAGCGUGUCGUUGUUCAGCUGACAAAUCCUGAGUUGAAGGGUGGUAGGGAUAGGGCGGUCGACAGUAUCGCUGAGGUCGUACAUGCUAAUGGAUAG